AGAGGCCAAGAGAUGAGAAAGACAGAUAGAUAGACAGACAUACAGCCAACCAAGUAGAAUGAGGCAGAGACAAUGAUGCAUAGACAGACCUGUAUAAUCACACAACCCUACAGAUUCCCCAACACACUCACACGUACAUACAUCCAGUCACUGGCAUAUAAUCACAAAAGACAUUCAGACAAGGCAAACACACAUACCCACUCACACACACACACACACACAGAACUGCCGCCCUUUUGCAGAGUCAGUGACCUCUCCGGACCACCUCUCGUUCAAUUACAAAGUUUUGCAAGUUCCGGCGAGUUUCGCAAGUCUCUUUUUUUAAAAAAAAAAUAAUUAUUUUCUCUGCAGGUUCCACACACUCUGGCCCUUUCCUGCCCCGCCUGUCUGGAUUUUUCCCUAGUCCGACCCCUAUAGCCAGGCGGCGGUGUGUAAACCCCGACCCGCUUCCCAAUUCAAUUCCUUGAAACUGACCGGGAUCUUACAGUGAAACUUUGCAGAAGAUGGGGAGACCGGAUGUCUCAGGGAGGUGGCUGCUGAUGUUCGCGAUGUCCAUACUGCGAGCUGCUGAAGCACAAGCUGUAGGCCUUGCAUAUAAAUCCAGUGCAACGUUUACAUAUCAGUACAAUGUGGAUUUGUUAUUGGAGACCUUGUCCAGCCGAGCAGCAUUGCCAGGAUCAGGAUUCAGGAUCGAAGCUGCCCUUGAGCUUGGUGUGGUUUGGGAGAAUAGCAGCAACCAGCACGAGCAGCUGAUUCAGUUGCAAAUACAUGAAGUAAAGCUGCUGAAUGUGUCAGAACGAACGGACGGCCAAAACAUCUUCAAGAAUGUUCAUGUUGAGGCUUUGCUGGGGCCUUCAACAAUGGCAACAUUGAAAAAGCCUGUAAUCUUUCACUGGAAUUCUGGAAAGGUAGAGGCUCUGUAUGGCUCUGCUGGAGAAACAGGGUUAAUUUUAAACCUAAAGCGAGGCCUGGUCAGUCUUUUCCAGCUGCAGAUGAAUUCGGGGACAGUCACCGAGGUUGAUGUAUCUGGCAACUGCAGAGUCACCUACAAGACGGGCAAUAACCAGGUGACCAAGAUCAAAGACCUUCACAGUUGCGAGAGACCAGAGUUUGGAUCUGGUGCAUCCAAUCAGGUUCUGGGAGUUCAGUGGCAGCCCACCUGUAAAGGUCUUUAUUCGGUGGAGAAUGGCGUUAUCAAAACAGCUGUCACUGAAGAGAGUCACGUGGUCAACCUCAAUCUUCAAUCGACAAUUGGUGCCAAGAUCAGCUCAAGACAGCAGCUUCAUUACUUGACUUCAGAACAAAGGCCCGGAGAAUUUUAUGGGAACAAUCUUAAGGAAGCACUGCACAAUCUCGGGACCUAUAUACCCUUACCUCUGACCGGGAGUUUGGAGAAGGCACCCUGCAAAGUCUGUACACCUGCAAGUGACUAUUUGAAAAGCCUCAAUAAAAACAGUGACCUGCAGGAUCUUUCUGAAGUAUCCACCACAAAGGCUUUCCUGGCUUUUGUUCAGUUACUGAGGGAAGCAAAGAAGAUUGACAUCUUGAACAUGCUGAAGAAGGCAGCUGGCAAAGAGAUCUCCUUUCUGAUAGACUCGGCAACAGCAGCGCAGACAGAAUCAUCACUGAGUGCACUCUCAGAAUACCUGGAUUUCGCCAAGGAAGCCCAGAUUCCACAGCUGCGGACAUUCUUGUAUGCCACUGCCUUCUCUUCACACCCAUCCAAAGAGCUUUUGCACAUAUUGCUGGCUAAGCUUAAGGGUAAGAUUGCAAGCAGAGAAAUCCAGGAGACGAUCACUUUGGUGACUGGAGCAGUGAUUGGCAAGAUGUGCCAGAGGAACUUGUGUAAACUCCAGGAGGUGGAGGCUGCAAAGAAAGUUAUCUUGGAUGGGCUGAGUGCGGCUACAGAAGAAGCGGAUGUAAAGAUGUAUCUCCUAGCCCUUAAGAAUGCACUUCUUCCAGAGACCAUCCCACUUCUGUUAAAAUAUACAGAGUGGCAGGCAAGCUCUGUGGCAGCCAUUGCUGUGACUGUACUGCAGCGGUUUCCAAGUGUCUAUAUCAGCGAGGAGGUGAAGAAGCAGAUGAACAGGAUUUUUCACCAGAGCAGAAAGCCCUAUGGAGUAACUGUGCAACUGGCUGCACUCGAUGUGAUUCUAAAUAACCAUCCUACAGAAAUGGAAUUGAAAAAUAUCUUGCUGUCUGUUGGAGAAAUAGAAUCUGAACAAUCUAAGUAUGUCGCAGAAAAACUGCAGAGUAUUCUGCACUCUGAUUAUCAUCCAGCCAGCAAAUUAAUUCGCAAAGUACUGAAAGACCCAAGGAUAUAUAAUUACAAUCGACUAUCCAGAGCUGGGAGUUCAUCUUCCUCUUCCGGUUAUUUAGCAGUUACCACAGAUACAGUGUCCUUGUACAACCUGGACUUACUCUUUGCAGACAAUGGAAUCUUAAAGCAGAGUUACUCGGAUAUCUUCGUAUCCACCCGGGAAAGUAAGCUUCAUGCAAGUCAGGUAACAAUCGAAGCCCAAGGCCUAGACUCAUUUUUCAGAGAAAGCUCGAAGGAAGCUGAGGGUGAUGAUGAUGAAGCCAUGGCUGGUAUGUCGGUUAUCCUCUUCGAUGUCCAGCUCCCUCCUGUUGUGUUUUUCCAAGGAUACACUGACUUAAUGGAAAAGAUCUGGUCCAUCACUGAAGAGCCUAUAAGCAUAAUAAAAGGAUCCAUCUUACUUAUUGACCAUCUACAGGCAAUCUUAUUACAGUCUGGGCUUCAAGCAAACACUGAAUUUCAAGGGGGGCUUGGAAUUGACAUUUCAGGCAGCAUUGAGCUCAGCUUGUGGAGUCAAAGAUCCAAAACCAACAUUAGAAAUAGAGGGAUGCUGGUGAUUAAUUCUGUAAUCGAUGUGGACACCCCCUUUGCUCAUGUGGGAGUGAACAGCAGUUCUGAGGUGGCGUCUUCAUUGGAGUUUGUCAGCUCUGUUAACUUUUUGGAUUCCCCGAUUCUGACCUGCCUACAGCUGCUAAAAAAGUUGUUCCCAUACAGAGAGACGGUGACAAUCUACGAGUCUUUGGAAAAAGGGGUACAGUUUACCAUUGGGAAGAAGAGAACACUGAGAGCUCAGGGCACAGAGCUACCGCUGCAUCACGCCAACUCAGAAAUGUGUAAGAAGCUGCUCUCAGAGAGAGCAUAAGCUUCAGAGCUGGCAGUGAACUUAUUCGACACUGAGUGCCCUGUCCAAGUGCAGAAUUAGCUGGGCCCGACGCUGCCUCCUGCUGUAACUUUGCUGGAAGUGCAGUGUAAAAAAAAUUCCAUUUACCCGUGACACCGAGGAAAUUCCCAGCCUCUGUUGCCAGGCGAAUUUAGAGUUAAUCUGUUCUCUUGCAGACACGCUCCUUCAAUUGGUGAUAUUAGUGAAGCAAUUUAAAAGGAAAAGUGCCAAUGUGAAAAUCAGUGAAAGCCGUAAGAUGUAACAGCAUGUCUCUUGGAGCAAUCAAAGUACUGUGGUGAUAAAAGCCACUUAUU